AUGGCCGCCCGGCUGCCGGCCGGCCCGGGGCGGCGGGGAGGCGAGCUGGAGGCCCUGUUCCUGCUUCUCCUGUGGCUCGCAGCCGCGGACGCAGCGGCGAGCCCGGAGCCGCCGCCCAAAUGCGAGGAGCUGCGGCUGGGGCAAUAUAUGUGUGAUGAGCCUAAAAUAGACAAUAGCACACAGGAACCAAUGAAUUGCACAAAUCACACGGCAUAUGUUCAGUGCCUGCCAGCACCAAAUAUUACUUGCAGAGAUUACCUGGGCAUAGAAAAAGUCUUUACUGGUCAGGAAGUUGGAUUUUACAAGCCUAUUGCAUGCCGUAAUGUUAAUGGAUACUCUUACAAAGUGGCAGUGGCUCUGUCCUUAUUCCUUGGAUGGCUGGGAGCAGAUAGAUUUUAUCUAGGCUAUCCUGCCUUAGGUUUGUUAAAGUUCUGCACUGUAGGAUUUUGUGGAAUUGGUAGCUUAAUUGAUUUCAUACUUAUUUCAAUGCAGAUUGUUGGACCUUCUGAUGGCUCUAGUUACAUUAUAGAUUAUUAUGGAGCGAGGCUGACACGGCUCACUAUUACCAACACGACGUUCAGGAAGAUGCAGACCUACCCUUAACCCUGGCAGUAAGUGUCACAUGCAGAAGUGUGCUUUAGUUUUACAGAAGGAUCUAGUCGUCCACUGGAAUUGCUGGUGACUUAUUAAUUACACUUCAUCAGAACUGAUUAGACACACUUUGAACAAAGAUGAUAAAAUACGAAAAUUCAUCAAAUGCAUGAGUUUACCACAAAGGAGCCAGGUUUCUUUGACUGCUCUGUUUCUGUGAGCACACAGUUUGUGGUGAGGUUGUACAGUUAUGAAAUAAGCAGGCUUUUGCUGUUUGCACAAUGUUAUUCCGUGCCUCAGCAUAAUUUACAGGGUUGAAGGGAAGAAGGAGGUAGUUCUGAAGAACUGCAUUGGUCUUCAGUGCACUGAAACCAGUGAGAGUUUUAUCAUGAAUGGGCCAGGAAGGCACUUGGAUCUGUCUUCAGAACUGUUGCAUGUUGUUGUGUUGCAACAAGCAUCACAGUUUGGAAAUGAACCAAAACCGCAGAUGGCCUUUCUUUCUAUCCUGUUAGGUAAAGUCCAGGUGGCCCUGAAACUUGUGCUGGCAUAGCAUGUGAAAUCCUUUUAACUGAAACAAUUCUGUAAAGUUUGAAGACAAAUUUGGGGCAAGCUGUACAAUUUGAUCAAUGCUAAUCAACAGUAGAAACAUGUCUACUUAAAAAAUAGUACCAUGGGUGACAAAAUAGAAAGGUGACCAUUGGGUGCACCGAGGUUAGAAUACCAUAUAGCUGUUAUGAUUAUUCUGAUUUUUUUUUUAACUAAUAUUUUUCCCUCCUCUCUUGCAACUACCCAUAGUAAGAUACAUACUUCCUUUUUUUUUCCUGAAAAGAAACUUAUGCAUCUGUUUUACAGAUACAGAAUGUCCAAAAAGUGAAUUCUUUGUUUGAAUAAAGCCCUUAGAAGGUUCUUCUUUUUAAUCAGUUGUGUUUCUGUGAAAUAAAUCCUGUGUCCUUCAAAGCAUUUUGACCAAAUUCUUUAGGAUAGCCAAGAUUUACGUGGAUGUUUCUUCAAAGAAAAACGUAUACACAGAGACAGAAAACGUGUCAACAGAAUCUUGAUGCUAUUUGACCAAUUUUAAACAUUCCCUUCACCUUCUUAUGAAAACCAGCAGUAACUGAAUGACACAUCCACGCUAUAUAAACUUCAGUGUAGAUUUCCUUCAGUAAUUUGGGCUGUCCUUUUGCUUUUCAGAUGAAACUUUCGAAACGUUGUUAGUGUCUGCAACCAAUAUUUUACAAAAAUUGAUGCCUGAAUUGAUUUUUCAAUGCACAAUUGUUAGUCUCUUUUAAACCUACAUUAAGACUUGGUGCACAGGAAGCUUUGUAAAAUAAAAAUCCUGUUUUGCUUUCCAAAUCAGUGAAACCUGACGUAUGAUGUAAUGAGAAUCAACUACACACAACACUUUGUACUUACAUGAAAAGACAUAACUUUGUUAAUACUUGCUAACACACUCUACUUAUGGGUUCAAAGAGACAAGAAUACUCCAUUAGAUUCGUUCACCUGCCUGACACUUGUUGCAUCUCCCCUUUGUCUUUCACCAAAUGCUCUUUAUGCGUGUCAGCUUCAGUUUCUGAAAUGAGCACUUUCAAAACCAGACAGGAAGUGGAUGGAAAAUAAAUGCUGGAAUCAAAUAAAAUCCCGUGGCUCAUA